CGGCCAAUGUCCCUCCUCGCCGAGUCUCUCGCAGGGGCGAAAUAUAUGGUAGCCACCAACGACGAUCGCGAAUCGUCAACUAAUGGUGCCGCCGAGUUCCUGCGAAGAAAAAGAUGGCCAGAGAUAUUACUGAAAGAGCUCGUGGGCUCUGCAGUAUUUUGCCUCAAACCAACGCUCAUCCUUGGUAGCCGGCAAUAUCAGAACGGCGAAGCUUGGAGUUGGAAGAUAAUCUACAGCUCACCGUCAGUGUACGAGAUGCUGGGUCAAAGGCCAGCCGAUUUGGAAGGGAGGGAUUUCUUUGAUCUUGUCCUUGUUGACGACCGUCCUCAACUGCAAUCAUUCUUCAAUAGUCUACUCGCACCUCCGCUUCUCAAUGUCGAGCCAACUCUUCUUUCCUCUGAAGGGCCCGAUACACUUGGCGGAAGUCGGACAACAUACAUCAGGAUGCUCUCUGCGGCGCCUGGGCCCUCAAGAUCAGAUUCGAGUUCCAGGUCUAGCAGUGGACAACGCUCCCUCCCUCAAUCCAAUUAUGGCACCCCUGUAGGGCGGAUAUUAGGACCGGUCGUAUGGGAGAUCAGGGCCCAUGCGACCGGUAUCGGGGAAGACCUGGGUGAAGCAGCGGGAAAUGGGGAAACUUUGCGGAUGGCGGCAGAUGGUACCGUCGUCUCUGCUAUUAGAGAAGGCGAUGGCAAACAUAAAGCCAUCUGGCUCAUGGCCCGGCAAGUGGGCGAGGGGAUGAAUGAAGAUCAAAAAUCACUCGAGGCGUUUCUGGAAGUGAAGCUGGAGAAUGAGCGAUUAUUAGCAGAAUUACAAGAACUGGAAGAAGAAGUAGGAAUGACAGUUGAAGAUUCUAUAAACAACAAUCAGUCUGCAUCAACGCCAUCGUCUCAUUCAUCGACAGAUACUCCACCGGGUGGAGACAAGAAUAAGAACAAAGCUGGACGCCCCCCGAAAACGAACACUCAAGUUUCUGCUUCGGGGCACAAGAGACAAAAGUCUGGCACCGGGGGCCCGGCAGGAGCUUCAGAGGGAGAGACAAUGCAUGUUUGCGUUACGUGCGGAAGAACGGAUAGUCCAGAAUGGAGAAAGGGUCCUUUGGGUCCAAAAACGCUUUGCAACGCCUGUGGACUAAGAUGGGCAAAACGAAAUUCAACUCACAUUCCCAAAAAAGAUAAGCAAUCUUGAGAGUAGUAUGUUCGGUUGAUCGCUGGGCUACGGUUUGCAUAAGAAUUCUGAUCCACUGGAAAGGACAGAAAGGUUGUAAAUUUAGAGGGCUUAUAGUGCAUAGAUGCCUUUAUUUGUACAGUACGAGGGUAGUCUCUCAUUCAUCCAUGCAUGGUUUGCUGAA